AUGUUCUUAUAUCUUCCUUCUUCACUUGACAAAGACUCAACAGUUCGACUUCGACAUUACAGACAGAAAGAAACGCCAUCAGAUCAGCAACUCCACUUGGCAGCCCUGCAAGGCAAUUUGGACCAAUUAUGUAAAGUUUUAGACAGUGGUAAAGUUCAUGUGGACUGUAAAGAUAAGGAAGGCACCACACCUUUGAUUCUGGCCUCUGCAAACAACCAUUUAGAAUGUGUACGAGAAUUGCUACGGCAGGGAGCUGACCCUCAAGCCCGGAGACUGACAGGGACCUGUGCUCUUUUCUUUGCUGCCCAGGGUGGCUUUUUGGACAUUGUCAGAGUUUUGCUAGAGAGUGGGGCCCCUGUGGACCUGGCCAGUUUUGAUGGUGGAACUCCUCUGUUUGUAGCAUGUCAGUGCAAUCAUCUGGAUGUUGUGGAGGAGCUGCUGGCCAAAGGGGCAGAUAUUCAUGCCCAGAUGGUUGAUGGUGCCACUCCCCUCUUCAUUGCAGCCCAGAAUGGUCAUGUGAAAAUGCUCAAAUACUUAUUAUCCAAAGGUGCAGAUGUAAAUAUUAAAAGAAAGGACCAAGCCAGCCCACUGUGGAUUGCUGCCCAGAUGGGCCAUGCCCUUAUUGCCAGAGAGCUGCUUGACACUGGAGCUGAGAUUGAUGCAACACGAGAGGAUGGUGCAACUCCUUUAUUUAAAGCCUGCCAUAAAGGUCAUCUUGAUGUCAUUGAUGAAUUAUUAAAGCAUAAGCCAAACCUAGGACUUCUACCAAAUGGUGAGACAGUGCUCCACUCUGCUGCGUUAUUUGGUCACUUAAAGGUUGUGAAGCGACUUGUUAGCCACGGAGUGGAUAUAUCUGUUAAAAAUAAGGAAGGUCAGACUGCUGCUGAAUUGUCAUCAGAGGCUGGCUAUGACUACAUUGCCAAGUUUUUAGAAACCACACAAGACAGUGCCAAUGCUAAUGCACAGGCUGAGGCAAGUGCAGCAAAAGAAGUAGCUGAAGAAUGCACCACCAAAUUACAAGAGCUGGAAAAUAACGAGACAAAUGCAUAA